AUGUCAGUUUAUCGCGUGGAAGUAUAUAUACGUGGUACCGUAGAAGAAGCUCCGUACUGCAAGCAACUUCGUGCACAACGAACCAAACGGGCUCCAGCAUCGAAUUACGGGCAACUAACCUGCGUGCUCUUUAGGUUGUGGUGGUGCGAAAAGAUUUACAAGCACGCGAACAUGGUAGAGAAGCAACCUCCAGGACUCGUCGAAGAAUGGCCCCCUUCUCCGCAGGGCACAAUUACGCAUGUGCCACACCAUACCCUUGUUCGUAUUGCGGCUGAGCAUCAAGUGCCAGUGGAAUCCUUGACCACUCUUACUGUGAAGUGCUCUGUUGAGCCUCUCUACUCUGCCGUUUUGGAGUACGCGGCGUUAUCCGAUCCUCAAGAUCCAAGGACAUCUUUCCCUCUCUCUGUUUCUCACGUGAGAUUCCCACGAUCAAACGAUGCCUUCGACGGUGAAACUUUGAAGAGUUUUCAGGCGGCUAUGAUGAGAAUGGACCAAGUAAAGUUGAAAGGCGGGAGAGGCCUGUUAGAUAAGAAGCUUGCACAGCCAAAAUUUCGGCUCGGCUUAGGCGAAACAGUCAUUGUAUGGCCACCCCCACCUCAUCUUACGGCCGAAUAUCUCUGCAAGCAAAACUGCGACGCAAAGCGUAGAAUGGGAGAGCUCGAUGUUCUUGCAACGACAACAGAAGGUAGUUUUGAAUCCAAAGUACCAGAAGUUCCUGAAGAAGGGAGAGAGAAUGGCGACGUAUCCGGUACGGAUGACAAUAGCACUGGUCUGCAAAUUCACAUCGUACAUUACUCCGUGGGAGAACCGCAGGAGGUGAACGGAACGCUUUCGACUCUCCGUGAACUGCUAAUAGUCGGGCUUGACGGUUCCAAACAGCUGCGUAACUUUGUAACAGAGAUCUCUCAGUGGAGCGUUGACAAAGACAUCUACGAUGGCAUGGACCACAAGUUUUCACUGUAUCGAUACCAAUUUUUUUGUCCUGGAAGGGGUCGAUGGUUUCUAGAGGGCUUGAAGCGCUCGAGAACACCGGCAUCUGUUAUUCUUCCUGCCAAGCAAAUGGAUUACAUUCUCGAAGACGUCAAGCAGUUUCUUAAAAUGGAGACGCGUAAAUGGUAUGUCGAGCACGGUAUGCCACAUCGGCGUUCGUUUCUAUUUUUCGGACCACCCGGGACAGGCAAGACAUCGACGAUCCGUGUGAUUGCGUCUCAAUUCCAGCUCAACUGCUGUUUUCUGAGCAUGACGAACCCAGAAUUCAGCAACCAGGACCUUGCCCAGGCACUCACGGCGAUCCCCGCGAACGCGCUUCUCGUAUUUGAGGACGUGGAUGCGCUGUUUAACAAGGACCGAACCAGCGCCGAGGCGCCGAAACUCUCCUUUUCGAGCUUUCUGAACGCCCUGGACGGAUUGAUCAGUGCGGAUGGGGUCAUCACGGUGAUGACUACGAAUAACAUUGCUAAACUGGACAGCGCGUUGAUCCGGGGCGGACGUGUGGAUCGACGAGUUCACUUUCCCAGUCCUGACGAGGAGCAGAUCAAAGAGCUAUUCAUGUCCUUCUACCCAGAGGCGAGGCAGGAAGUGGCACAGGAGUUUGUGAGUGCAGUGUUUUCCAGGUUCGAGGACAAGGAGGCACGGUCGAUCGCGACGUUGCAGCAGCUGUUCAUCGAUCAGCGGGAGAAUUCGGCGGAAGAAUGCGCGCGGUCAGUGGCCUCGUUCUUUGAAAGGUAUUACCCGAAGGGAGAUACUUCCCUAACGGGAGCAAACCAUAUCUAUGGGUAGAGUCGUAGACGUCAAAGUCCACGUAGAAUUGACUCGGUUUUCUGGAAAGAUUUUACGGCAAGAGAAAAUUUCCAUUACGAAAGGAUAGGACACACUUUCAGUGGAGCACAGUGUGUCUAGUUAAAAGAAAGUGCAUGUCGAAAACGAGACAUACAGUAAGGGCGUCUCCACCAAUGCUGAUGAUAAGGUCCAGUUCAAUAUUUGGACAAAUUUUUGAGAGUGAUGGCACCACACCGGCAUAGAAGUUCCAAUCCAUUUUUGGACUUGGAUUGGACCGAAAUUUUGGAGCACAGGAAUUUGGUCCAAAAACGGGUUAUUUGGAUCAAUAUGAACCGCUCCAACUCGCAUGUCCAAUCCAAAACAUCUGAGUCGCGAUUCCCCUGACAUGAUCUGGAUCGUCAUUUCCCACAAGAGACAAUGGGGAAACCAUGGCACAUUUUGGAUUCUUAAUUCCAUUUAGGAGGUUCACAUCACAGAUAAAUGAAAUCUGGCGUCACAAAUUUAAUAAAUUGAAGAUCGUGGU